AAGGACCAAGGCGAUGUACAAAAGUGAGUGAGUGAGUUUACGUUAAUCAAUAACUGUACUGUCAAAACCCUGCUCGUAAAAGUUGCUAUGUUUAUAAUGAAUGAAGCAGCACUAUUAGCUAGACUAGGUAGUCCCUCGCGUUAGUUAGUUAGUUAGUUAGCAUAACGUCAUCUGUCAGGGCAGCUUUUGAGUCAACAUGAUAUUGAAAUGUAAAUGCCUCGAAUCCGGUUUAAUAUGAUGUCAAUAACUCUGUGAAUAACAUCAUCAUAAUCUAACAAAAAUAUGCUAUAGUAAUAGCAAGCUAACAAAGUGUACCUCAGGUUGUCCUUGUCGUCUCUGAGCUCUCUCCCUCGCCAGCUACCACAGAAAUAUAUAUUUGUUUCUGACAAAUAAAAAAAUACUUUUGGAAACCACUUUGGCCUCCUAAAGUGCCACCGUACACAGAAAUGCUGGUUUAUUAAUUAAGGCAACACUAAAAAAGAAGAAUAAAAAAAGACAGGCCAGGGCUCAUGUUUAGAGUAUUCACCGCAGUGUGUAAUACAAUGUAACCUAGCUGGUUUUACACCUUCCCCGGAAAGGAAAAACGACUCCCGGUUGAGACAAAAAUCAUUCGGGAAAGACCCUGUCCGGUGACGUCCAUUCUAGGGACUAUACAGCCUGGCUGACCCGACUACACACAGAGGAUAUUCUGGAUCUGGUGUCAACCAGACUACUACUAUUAGUAUCCUACAGGAAGGAGAUAAAUUACUUUAAUUCUGACAGUUUUCCUUCGUUUCCGGCCGUUUUGGGUGUAGGCACUGGGGCGAUUCUUUUAUUUUCAAGGGACUACGCUGAAAAAAAAAGAGAACACGGUUUUGUUUCGGGAACAUAACUGUGUUGUUAACUGCUGUAAUUUGAUAUAAACUACAUAUAUUGUUAUUUCCCUUUAUUUCUGAAUGUCUGUAUGGAGUCAAAGUCAUAACUUGGCGCAGGUGUAGUUGAAGGCUAUGUGGCGUGGUCGUGUAACAUUCCAAACACCGUUUCCCGAAAAGUCUGCCUUUCCUGUCGGAAGCCUGGACAGUUGAGAGAGAGAGAGAGAGAGGGGCGAGCCCCCGAACAUGAUCUCACGGAGCGGGAAUGCGAGGAGCCAUGAGCUGGUCGGGUUCCCACUGCGGGCUGAGCUGCUCUGGAGCCGGGAUUAACCUGGUCUACCUCUCGCUGCUGCUCUGGAGCUCCUGCUCUGGCAUGGACGGACUGGCUGAUUUCUCAAAAUACCUGUCCCGGAUCAUUACCAGUCACUCUGUGCAUGCGUGCGACGGACAGCAGGUACGUCUCUACUGUCCACGCCACUCCACCAUCUCUAUCCAGUCGGCGUUUUACGGACGUGCCGACGCAACGCUUUGCACCAAUGGGACGGCUGCGGGUGUCAGAGCGGCCAACUACAGCUGUUCCGCGUUUACGACCCUACAGAAGUUACUGUCAGAGUGUCAGAGCCACAGAGACUGUCAGCUACCUGUCAAUCACCUGGUGUUUGGGCCUGACCCCUGUCCUGGGACCAUCAAGUACCUCCACGUCACCUACAAGUGUAAACCUACUGAGCAUAAGAGCAGUGUGGUGUGUGAGGGAGAGAAGCUGACGUUACACUGUAAGCCUCCCAGAGUGCUGAUCAUCUAUACAGCUGCUUACGGUAGGGGUCUGGGCCACACCUGUCCCUCACAGGACAGAGGAACACCCCCGUUUGAGUGUUUGAACCACAAUGCGGUUCACACUCUGUCACAGAGCUGCUACAGCAAACAGAGGUGUGUUGUCGCCGUAGACAACCAGACCUUCAGAGACCCCUGCUACCCUGGAACCAGGAAGUACCUGACUGUACUCUACUCCUGUGUACCACAGACAUUACUGCAGGAAGCAGACCCAGAUGUACUACACAGACCCACCUCACACCCAAAAGCCCACCCCGGUCCUCCCCCAGCCCACCCCGGUCCUCCCCCAGCCCACCCUGGUCCUGCAGAUGUGGCUGUCUAUCCUAAGGACUCCAGAACACCAGGAAACACAGGAGUCAUGAUGAGUAACUCUGUUAUGACUUACUCCUAUAUUAAAGAGCAUCCAGAGACUGCGGCGUUGCUGUUCACCUCCAGUGUGUGUGUUGGUCUGCUACUCACCCUGCUGGCUGUGUCUAUCAGACUGACCUGUAGGGGGCUCCGCCACACACACAAAACACAAACACGCAGGAGCCAGGAAGAGGAGGAUGAUGAUGAUGAUGAAGAAGAGGAGGAGAUGACUGACUGCUCGCUGCUGUCGGACUCAGACAGGCAGCUGGCUUACUGCUGGGAGGAAGUGAGCUACAGGACAGCGGACGCGGAGAGGCUAGAACGCAUGGAGAGGAGGGACAUGGUGAUCCAGGAGAUCUGGAUGAACUCUGAUCUCUACGGGACGUCCUGUGAUCAGGACCAGACUCCUUAUCUACUACUCAGUUACACACAGCUGGAGUAACAGAACCAGACUCCUUAUCUACUACUCAGUUACACACAGCUGGAGUAACAGAACCAUACUCCUUAUCUACUACUCAGUUACACACAGCUGGA